AAACAAAACAAAACCAGUCAGCGGAUGAAAUCUGUCCAGCACAGAAGAAAAGGCCUUGAAAGGAAGACACUCCCUUCCACAAAUGCCACAGACUCAGGCUUUUACACAGUGCUCUUUUUCAGCAUUAGCAUUCCAGAAAGUGACUCUGCAGCAAAAACAUUUCAUGAAGAAACUGUAAUUUGGACAGAAAAACAAAGAAAAGGAUUUUUCUGAAGUAGGUCAGCAGGGGAGUGUAACACAGCUGGAACAGACUAUUGCAUGAAAGCUACUCGGUGGGUAAAAUUGAACUUGACAUCAUCAUGGAGACAAAUCACUGUGUUUUCCACACGUUCCUCUGCAUUUCUCUGAUCUUGACACAGUGGCACAGGGGUUCAGCUUGCCGCACAGGUUCUCAGGUAGAAUGUGAGAAAGCCCCAUUUGUGCCUGGUUACAACCUAGCAGGCGAAGGCUUUGACGUUGUCAGGAUGCGCCGUAAAGGUGCAUUUUUGAUUAAUGUCAAGUCACACAUGGAUAAUGGCACUUGUACAGUCUGCAAGAACCGCUUUCAGGGAGGGCAGUUGCAGAAGCUUCCCUCAGCUGUGCUGGACUGGCGUCCCUUCAGCCGCUGCAGUAAACAGCUUUCUAGUGCUCUCCAUCAUUCUGUUGACUCCCUAAUGAAGAGUUCAACAUCACUCAUCAAUAACAACUGGGAAAUGGACCUAAGUCUGGAAGACAUAGGAAAGGCAAUUUUUGGAGGGAGCCGUUCAGAUAUUGCUAAAUUUGCCCAAUCUCAGAAUGCAAUGGAUAAAGCAACAUUUGCCCUUCAUGAGAUCAGCUGCACAUAUUACAGUUACAGAGUUACAGAUCACCCAGAACUCAGCACUGAAUUCUCAAAACAUCUCCAGCGACUUCCGACACAAUAUAAUGAGGUAACAAAACCCCUUUACAGAAGGACUAUAGAUACUUAUGGCACUCACUACAUACGUCAAGUCCAUCUGGGAGGGCGAGUGAGACGGGUCACGGCUUUUCGAACUUGUCUUGCAACCCUGAAGGGCUUCUCUGAGACCGAUAUCAAGAAUUGCCUAAACAUUGAAUUAAAAAUUACAUUGGGUAUCCUUCCAGCUAAUGCCUCGCUUUCCAACAAAUGCUCUCAAAUCCUUAAAGAUAAUAUGAGCAUGGGAUUCUACCAGGGCUUCAUGACACACAAGAUAGAGGUGUUGGGAGGUGAAAAAUACUUUCCAGACCUUGUUUUAAACCAAAGCCCACUUGAAGCAUACUCAAAUUGGAUGAUGAGCUUGCAUGACAAUCCUGAUGUUAUAUCAUAUGCAAUUUUCCCUCUUCAUCAUCUGGUGGAUGAUCCUGAGGUUAGUGCCAAUCUGAAGAACGCAAUAACAGAGUAUAUAGAAGAGAACAUGCUUUCUGUAAAUGACAAAGAGAAUCAAGAAUGCUCACAAACACCAAACCUGGACCACAACUGCUGUCCUAUGCGAGCCGGCCAUGGCAAGCUAGCAGUGUUGGUACAAAGAGCCACAGGCCUGAAAGCAGAUCUCUUCACACGUACUGACGGUUACGUGAAAGUUUGGUACAACCUCAUGUAUGAGGAGACUGAGGUGGUUAUGGACAAUAAUGAUCCUGAAUGGAACAUCAGCUAUGAUUUUGGAUCAAUGGAGUUUGGUCAUGAACUCAUAUUUGAGGUGUGGGACAGUGAUGUCAUUUACAAUGACAUGGUGGGGAGAUGUGUGGUCAGCCCCGAACGUGGAACUCAUUCACACAGCUGUAAAUUAAAGAGAGGCAUCCUGUAUUUCACCUACAGUGCUUCUUGUGAUGCUCACCUGACAGGACCCAGGUGUAGCAGAUAUUCACCAAAACAUAGAACCUUACAUUUGUAGGCUAUAGAACAAUUUAUUGUAAACAUCAUAAAUGUAUGGACAAUAAGGUAUACUAUUAGCAAGACUCACAUUUUCAAUAUUAUUUUUAUUUAAAUCUAAUGUUGAAAUGUAAUGGCAAAUGUUAAUGUUUCUUGUUGAAAAAUGUGCAUGUAAUUGUUUUCGUGAUCUGAUGUACUUAUGUAACAAGGUGAAAGUAAUGAUAAAAUCUUUUGUUGUCUGUUCUUUUAUGUAAGUGACAAGAUAUGAAAGGUUGUGUUGGAUUGUAAAUACAAUCACUAUUGAAGGGCGUUAUUAGGCAUGGCAUGAAGCAGAGCAACCCAAAGCAUUCGAAUAAAAUUUUUCCUCCCAGCACUAAUUUUUUCAUAUCUACAUUCCCUUAGGACAGAGGUGUCCAAACUUGGUCCUGGUAAGCAACUGUCCCACAUGGUUUAGUUCCAAUCCUAAUUAAACACACCUGAACCAGAUAAUCAAUGUCUUACUAGACAUAGCCUACUAUAAACCUCCAGGCAGGUGUGUUGAGGCAAGUUGGAGUUAAACUCUGCAGGACACCAGUCUCCAGGACUGAGUUAAACCAUUGUCCUGACUCUCUGUGGUGCUUAAAAGCUGGCUUCAUCAAACAAGGUCCUGCAGAUUUUAGCUCCAACUUGCUCCAACACAACUUCAACUUUUAAGUAGUCCUGAAGACUUUGAUUAGCAGGUUCAGGUGUGUUUAUUUAGAGUUGGAGCUAAACUCUGCAGGACUGUGGCUCUCCAGGAACUGAGUUUGACAUCCUUGAGUGCCUCUUCAUAUCCCUUCUUAUUUCCUCGCUACUGUGUCCUCUAUCCUACGACCUGGAAAACGAUCGACCUCAGCCAUCUUGUAGGGCAUCUCAUUUCUCUAAAUGCACCUUGAGGAGGCGAGGAUCGAGGAGUGAGGAGGUAUUCUGAGGAGUCAUGGCAAGGAUACACAGGUGUAUCCUAUGCAGAAGUCUUUUUCAGGGAAAAAAAUUACGCACAUAUAAAUUCUCCUCCCCCUUCACAUCUGUCAUAAUAAUUUACUUUACCUUUGCAGUUUAAAUAAACCAUACAUGUCAUAUAUUUCUUGCUUUAUUAAUAUUUAUUAUGAAUUCCUUAAAUAACGAACUUUAACAACAUAAGGGCAGAUCCACUUGAGUGGUCGAGAAUAUUUCAGUGUUCAUCCUUUGAUUCCUUCCUCCUUAUUUCCUUUCCUUGCAUCCUUCCCUCAUAUCCUAACAGGGUGGAGCUAAGAUGCAAGGAAAGGUAACGAGAAAAGGAAACGAGGAUGCACAAAUAAGAAAUGAGAAGCACCCGAGAAAAGUGCAAAAAACUGAGGAAAGAAGGCGUUGUGGUUGGCCAGACUGAACCAGGAUUUCCAGGGCAAGAAUCUUGACAACAUUUGUGUUUGUUCUCCUCAUUUCUGGUGAGGUGGGUGAAAUAUUAGACUAAUAUCUUAAAUAAUAGUGCUUGUACAUAUCUUUACCACCUAUUAACUUUAGUUUGUCAAAAUAUCGUGCCCUUUCCUGCUUACUAAGUCCUUCAUUAUUUAGCAGCUUCCACAGUUUUUUUUUUCAUGGUUUAGACAGCAUAAAUUAGCAGAACAACAUAUUCAGUAGCACAUUAACCGUGCAAUCCAUGCUGUUGUUUACA